AUGCGUGCACCAUCCGACUCUGAACAAAGCGAAUCCGAAGGCUCCGACAGUGGUGCUUCCGCAGACGAUGACGGCGAGGAGGAGGAAGAGGCUCAGCCAGCCGCCAACGCCUACGCAGCUCUCCUCCAAUCUUUCUCCGCCCGCGAUACUGGCUCAGAUGAACCCCGGAAAAAGAGGCGGAAGCUUGAGCACGAUCACGAGCCAGAACAGGCCGUUGCCAAAGACACCGAUCAACUGGAAGACGCUGAAGCCAAUGCGAAUGACCGUGAGGACGAGGUAGAGCAAGGCGAUUCCGACGACGACCAAGCAGACGGAGAUGAUACCAAAGAACAAGAGCUGGAGAAGGCCUACGAGAAACACUUUGCAAAUCCAGACGAGAACGAACUGGCAGCACGGCUGAAACGGAUAGCGGCGAACCAAUGGUCAUCGCAUAAACUGCGCACGGCAUCAGGCAGUGCAAAGGGUUUUGGCAUUCUCCAAGUCCCGAGCGACGAGGUCCAGCCACCCUCAAGGAGAGUGAAGAGCACUCGCGAUGUACAAUUAAAGGCUCGACUGGUGGAGAAUGCGCAAAAGAAAGUCGGAGACUUUGACCCAGUCGAACAAACCAUUGCACCGUCCCUGUUCGGCUACCAAGACCUGCUGUUCGGCGCGCGAACGGUACAAAACGCUAACCGCCUUCGAGACAUCACCUGUCUGCAUGCGCUGAAUCAUAUUCUCAUGACCCGCGACCGAGUGCUUAAGAACAACGCAAAGUUGGCAGCUGCAGGCGACGACGACGAUGCCGAAUAUCGCGACCAGGGCUUUACGCGUCCCAAGAUACUGUUCCUUCUUGAGACCAAGCAGGCUUGUGUACGCAUCUUGGAUUCCAUCACCAAACUCUACGACUUUGAACAGCAAGAAAACAAGAAGCGAUUUCUCGACAGUUUUUCACUGCCAGAAGACAAAUUUUCGGACGACAAGCCCGCAGAUUUCCGCCAACUAUUCGAAGGCAACGACGAAAACGAGUUCCGCAUCGGCGUCAAGCUAACACGUAAGACACUGAAGUUGUUCUCAACUUUCUACAACUCCGACAUCAUCUUUGCUUCUACUCUCGGUCUGCGUCGAGCAAUCGAGUCUGGUGACCCCAAGAAGCGGGACUACGACUUCCUAUCAUCCAUCGAGAUGGUAGUUAUGGAGCAAGCGGAUGCUACCCUCAUGCAAAACUGGGACCACACAGAGUUCGUCUUUGAGCACCUGAAUCUCCAGCCAAAGGAUUCUCACGGCUGCGACUUUUCACGGGUGCGUUCGUGGUAUCUAGACGGACACGCACCACAUAUUCGACAGACCAUUGUGCUCUCCGCGUUCCUGACACCAAAGAUCAACACUCUGUACAACAAGCAUAUGCGCAAUGUAGCCGGGCGCUUAAAAUACACUGCCGAUAACACAGACGGUCUGAUAGAAACAAUGUCGUACGGCGUAAAGCAGACGUUCGUGCGUUUCGACUCACCGUCCCAUCUUACCGAUCCAGACGCGCGCUUUAAAUACUUCAACACAUCCAUCCUACCAUCGAUCAACCGCAUGCCGAGGCCGCCAGAGGGUGGUUUGGGUGUUUUGAUCUUCAUUCCAUCCUACCUGGACUUUGUCCGCGUGCGCAACUCGCUCGUCGACUCGGACUUUUCAUAUGCUUCAAUCAGCGAAUAUACCGAUGUGACCGAUGUGCGCAAAGCCCGCUCACACUUUAUGAACGGAAAGCACUCACUGUUGCUGUACACGGGUCGUGCGCACCAUUUUCACCGCUACAAGAUUCGGGGUGUCAAACGGGUUGUGUUCUAUGGUGUGCCGGAGAACCCCAUAUUCUAUGACGAAGUGGUAGGCUUUAUUGGCAAGACUCUGGAACGGGCCGAAAUUAGUAGAGCAGAAGUUAGUGUCAGGGUGUGUUUUUCAAAAUGGGAAAAGAUGGAGUUGGAAAGGAUUGUUGGCACAAAGAGAGUGGGCAAGAUGAUUGCAGACAGGGGUGAUGUAUUUGACUUUGUAUAA